AUGAGAACCCUCUGCAUCUUACCACUGCUGGUAUCCGUGGCCGUGGGGCUUUGCCCCCAGCCGGCUGAGAUCAAAGAUCGUGAUGGCAAUAAGCUCUGUGCCAAACUGUAUGCCGACAGCAGCCCGUAUUACGAUGAAUGCUGCGCCGGAGAUUCCUUGGACGUGGCGCCGGGAGAAGACGUACCUUAUAUCUUACUUAAGUGGAUCAACCGCAUCUCUUCAUUGGUGGUGGGCCCCCGGUGCGAACUCACUGUCUGGUCAAAGAGACCAAAGAACGGCUACACCAAGAAGUUUAACGCCGGGGUUCAGCCACGACUGGCGGAGGUCAAGAAAGGACUCAUCGGAGACUGGGAUAACUCCAUCUCUUCCUACUACUGCAAAUGUAACUGA